GUUCCAGUCAUCCGGUAAACACCUCCCUCUUCCUUCCUCUUCCCCCUCCCAUCUUUGCAUCCAGAUUCAUAGCCUUCUUUCACUUCUAUUUCUUUCUUAUUCUCUUCUCUUCUCCUCUCCUCUCCAAUUAAAACUGCAUUUCCUUUACUUUUAUUAUAGAUUCCAUUUCCCAUUUCCCAUUUCUUCUUCAGCCCCAUUUUCUGGUCCUUACAUGGAAGUUUCUUCUUCCUCUACAACCCCUCGCCGCUCCUUCCUCCGUUACUGUCACUGUAGUUUCUUCCGACGUUGUUGUCGCUGUUUCUGUUGCUUCUACUCCUAUCCCUAAUUUCCCUUCCAAUUCCUUUUCUUCUUUUUCUUCUUCUUCAUCAUCAUUAUAUUCUGUUUUUAGGGUUUAUGGAUUUUCGCCACGCUCCCUCGGAUCUUUCCUUCCGCUUAAGUUCUCAUACCACAUCUUCCAUAUCUAGAAGUUCAACUGGGGACAAUUCCAGCUAUUUGUGUUCGACGGGUUCCAAUUCCUCGUACCCAUCGGAUUUCCGUCAGCAAAAGGAUGAGAAAUUCGAUUUGCUGAAGGGGGUUGUGGACGAUGAUAGCGACGACGAGAAGUUUAGUCUUCUAGGGCAACCCCUGCGCGUGAAGAGACAGAGGGAUGCUCAUUCAUUUCUUGAUCAGGAUUCUGCGAAACGGGCUGCGGUCAAGGAUGAAGCGAGCCUUGAGACGAGACGAGCUUCGGUUAAGGAAUGGGGGAAUCAGUCGCUUCGAAUUGCUGACCCGGAAAUUCAUAAUAUUAUGCUGAAGGAGAAGGAGAGACAAUAUAAGGGUAUUGAAUUAGUUGCUUCGGAAAAUUUUGUGUGUAGGGCUGUGAUGGAAGCCUUAGGCAGCCACUUGACGAAUAAGUAUUCUGAGGGAAUGCCCGGCGCUAGAUACUAUACGGGUAAUCAGUAUAUAGAUGAGAUUGAAUUGCUUUGUUGUGCGAGAGCCUUGGCUGCUUUUGAUCUCGAUUCUGAGAAAUGGGGUGUGAAUGUCCAACCAUACUCUUGUACAUCAGCAAAUUUUGCUGUGUAUACAGGUCUUUUGUCUCCGAAGGAUCGAAUUAUGGGUUUGGAUUCAGCAUCCGGAGGGCAUCUUAGUCAUGGGUAUUAUUCUCCUGUUGGGAAAAAAAUUUCAGCGACUUCUAUUUUCUUUGAGAGUUUUCCAUAUAGAGUGAACCCCCUAACUGGGUAUGUUGAUUAUGAUAAGCUUGAAGAAAAGGCGCUCGAUUAUCGUCCGAAAAUACUCAUCUGUGGAGGAAGUUCGUAUCCACGCGAGUGGGAUUAUGCUAGGUGUAGACAGAUCGCGGACAAAUGCGGAGCGGUUUUGAUGUGUGAUAUGGCCCAUAUAAGCGGUCUGGUGGCAGCCAAGGAAUGUGCUAGUCCGUUUGAAUAUUGUGAUAUAGUUACUUCAACAACACACAAAAGUCUUCGAGGGCCCAGAGGAGGAAUCAUAUUUUUCAGGAGGGGUCUAAAAUCAAGGAAGCAAGGCGUGCUUCUAACUCAUGGAGAUGACAAUUGCAAUGCCACUUAUGAUUUUGAGGACAGGAUAAACUUUUCUGUCUUCCCAUCGUUACAAGGGGGUCCCCAUAAUAAUCAUAUUGCUGCCCUCGCCAUAGCGUUAAAGCAAGUAGCUUCUCCUGAGUAUAGAGUAUAUAUUCGACAGGUGAAGAAAAAUGCGCAGGCUUUAGCAUCAGCUUUACUAAGAAGAAAUUGCAGAUUGGUAACUAAUGGUACUGACAAUCAUUUGUUGCUGUGGGAUCUUACUCCUUUGGGACUAACAGCCAAGAAUUAUGAGAUGAUCUGCGAGGCAUGUCAUAUAACAGUCAACAAGAGUGCCAUCUAUGGUGACAAUGGAGCCAUUUCCCCUGGAGGAGUGAGGAUAGGCACUCCUGCAAUGACGACUAGAGGCUGUCUAGAGGCUGAUUUUGAGACAAUAGCUGAGAUUCUUCUUAAAGCAGCUCAUAUCACAAAAAUAGUCAUUCGUAGAGGAAAGCUUGGAAAAUUACAUAAAGAUAUCAUGAAGAAUCUACAAAACAACAAAGAUAUUGUGGAGCUUCGGAACCGGGUCGAGACCUUUGCUGCUUCAUUUGCAAUGCCAGGAUUUGAUAUUUGAAUAUGUGAGCUUCUUGCUUGCUGCUAUAUACAACCACUUCAUUUGGUCACACUAAACAUUGAAUUCAUGUCCUUGUAAAUUAUAGGAAACUACAUAGUACUUAGUGCUGCACAAAAAGGUCGAGGUUUGACAUGUAUCAUUCCUAUACUUGUAACAAGUGAAAUCUUAGGUUAUAACAAGAAAUUUUCAAGUCAAAUAUCUUCCAUUUAUACACGGUGGUUUUGUGGGGUGUGUGUCUGGAUAAUUCAAAACCUCACAUGAGCUGAUUAUUCUGUCGUUUGUUUGCUGCAAUAUAUACAAUAGACUGUUUUGUCGCGAA